UUCUAUCUUGCAGUUUGUCCAGAUGGGGACCUCGACACAGACACAGACGCAGAAAAGCAGAUUGACAGUUUGUAUCUUAAAGCUCUGGAGGGCUUCGUAGCUGUUAUUACUCAGGAUGGUGACAUGAUCUACCUGUCUGAAAACAUCAACAAGUACAUGGGUUUAACACAGGUCGAAUUAACAGGACACAGCAUCUUUGACUUCCACCCACCCCUGCGAUCACGAUGAGAUUAGAGAAAAUCUCAGUUUGAAAUGUGGUGCGGGAUUAAGCAAGAAGAGCAAAGAGGCAAGUACAGAACGGGAUUUUUUCAUGAGGAUGAAAUGCACUGUCACCAACAGAGGCCGAACCGUGAAUCUGAAAUCUGCUACCUGGAAGGUACUUCACUGCACCGGCACCGUGAAGGUGUACAACUCUUACAAUCCGCACACACUCUGUGGCUACAAAGAGCCUCUGCUGAAUUGUCUGGUGAUGAUGUGUCAGCCAAUCCAGCACCCCUCCAACAUCGACAUCCCGCUGGACAGCAAGACCUUCCUGAGCCGCCACAGCAUGGACAUGAAAUUCACAUAUUGUGAUGACAGAAUAACUGAACUGAUUGGAUACCAUCCAGAGGAGCUGCUUGGCCGUUCAGCCUAUGAGUUCUACCAUGCUUUGGAUUCGGAAAGCAUGACCAAAAGCCACCAGAAUUUGUGCACAAAGGGCCAAGUAGUCAGCGGUCAGUAUCGGAUGCUUGCCAAGCAUGGUGGUUAUGUCUGGGUAGAAAGUCAUGGCACCGUCAUCUACAACACACGCAACUCCCAGCCACAAUGCAUCGUCUGUGUGAACUACGUCCUGAGUGACAUAGAGAAGACUGAUAUUGUGUUCUCUAUGGACCAGACCGAGUCUCUCUUCAAGCCCCACCAGGUGACCAUGAGCUCGAUCUUCAGCAGUGCUGCUUCUGACAAGACCAGCGACUUCUUGUUUGCCAAGUUGAAGGAGGAACCAGAAGAGCUGGCACAGCUGGCUCCCACACCAGGGGAUGAAAUUAUUUCCUUGGAUUUUGGUGCUCAGACUUAUGAAGAACCAUCAACUUACAACAGCAGCACACAGCCAAGUCCAAAUAAACAGUGGCCACUGGAGGUCAAGAACCAUGGUUCCCAGCCUGACAUUGUGAACCGUCCGUCCUUUACAGCGCCUCAGCUGGCUCCUGGGAGUACUACACCCAGUGCUACCAGCAACAGCAGCUGUUCUACGCCAAGCAGUCCAGGAGAGUAUUAUACAUCUUUGGAAGAAGAUCUCAAAAUUGAGCUGAUUGAGAAGCUGUUUGCAAUGGAUACAGAAGCAAAGAAUAAUUGUAACACUACUAAGAACGACUUUAAUGAGCUGGAUCUUGAAACACUCGCCCCAUACAUUCCAAUGGACGGUGAAGAUUUCCAGUUGAACCCCAUUUGCCAGGAAGAGUGUCCCAUCAGUGAAAGCACACAGCAGCCCCCCCAGCAGAACAUAAGUAGCAUGAAUACACUCUACCAAUCCAGUGCCCCCCCUCCUCCUCCGAACCAGUACCUGCAUCAGACCUAUUCUCAACCAAUAGGAGCUAAAGGCAGUAAUCCCAGUCAGGACCCCAGCCAUUCUCUGCCCACUGGCCUCUAUAAUGGUGAAAGAAAGUCGCCAGCUUUGUUGGCCUACCAUACCGGAGCAAGUACACCACUGUCUUCAAUGGGAGGCAGACCUAAUGUACAAUGGCCACCAGAUCCUCCUGUCAGUUACAUGCCCCCAAAGUGGAGACUGAUGGAGCAAUACCAUGAAUCCAGCUCAGCUACUGGACGUCCAAUGCAUCAACACAGCAUGCCAUUAUAUAAACAAAGGUCGCUUGAGAGCUUUGGGCAACGUGGUAAGGAUUUACAUCCCACAGAGAUGACCUUCUGCAACAGUAUGAAGAGGAAGCGGCAGCUUGAUUAUGGAGCUCAGGUGUUUCCACAACUCAAUGUGGGGGAGUUACCUGAUAACACCAUACCAUCAAUUAUGUGGAAAAGGAUGAAAUCCUUAAAACCAGAAAUGUGUCCACUUGUUUCAGAAAAGAAAUCCCUGAGCACAAGUGUCCUGAAUGAUGAAUUCAUCUGUAACAAGCACAGAGGAUUAAACCAGCAGAUGACCCAACAGUCACAUCCACAAUGUGCACAAAGUUCCAGAGAUGGCAGGAAAACUCCUUAUCAGACCACGUUUUUCAGUUGUAAUUACCAUGAUUACAACCUGCCACAAUCACAAAAAGUAAAAGCCAUGACCAACCGGCUCAUCGGCCCAACAUUUGAACCCUAUCUCUUGCCGGAACUCACAAGAUACGACUGUGAGGUCAAUGUGCCAGUACUGGGUAACUCCAACCUCUUGCAAGGCAGCGACCUUCUCCGAGCCCUGGAUCAGACCACCUGA